AUGAUACGAUUUUACAGGAUGUUUUAUGGUAUUCAAAAUAUAUGGAAAAUCUUUUUCCAAAUUUUAGAGGAGCAAGAAGAAGUAUAUACGAAUAAAAUGUGGCAGCAAUUUUCACCUGAAACACCUCAAUGGCCAACCGCUGAAUUGAUCAUUAUCAGUAUUUUUCCUCUUGUAUUCGUCCUCGUUGGUACAAUUUGUAACGUGUUAUGUAUGAUUGUGCUGUGGUCUAGAAACCAACAAGAUAAUUCCCGUAAUCAUCAGGCAACAUCAACCAACGUUUAUUUAAUUUGUUUAUGUUUCGCUGACACUCUAGGGUUGUAUUCAUUCAAUCUAGAUAAUGCAAUCGGAAAUUUAACUGGUAAAGCUAUAACUGAUCGUUCGUUAGUCACAUGCAAAUUAAUCGAAUUUAUGGGUAACUAUACUAUACAUGUAUCAGUUAUGUAUCUAACGAUGGCAACUGUUGAUCGUACAUCCAUGUUAUGGUCACUUGCAUACAAACGAAAAAUAGCACAACCAAAACAAGCGUGGAAAAUAUGUAUCUUAAUAGCUGGUGUGUUUGUAGUAACAGACUGUUUCUUACUUGCUUUAGGAUACCGAGCAUAUGAUGGCAGUAUUCAGUGUUAUCUUUCAACAAAUGCCGUAUUAACCAAAGUGUUUAAUUUAUUUACAAUAUGGUUUCAUCUAGUCUUCAUGAGUAUGAUAACAUUUGCUAUCAUGAUAAUCUUCACAGUGUUAGCAAUCAUAAAAUUAGUUCGCUUACCACGAGUAAAUGCAGCAUCAUUUUUGCGUAAUAAACGAAUCUCAGUCAUGUUAGGGCUGAUGUGUAUUUCCUACAUUUUAUUGACGUUACCGAACCGUCUCUGUUUCAGUGUAUUAUCUCCGUUAUUGGAAAGCACACCAGGAUCAAAUACAAUAUACGCAUUAUCGAAUCUUCUUACGUCUUUAGCAAGUUCAUUAAAUUUUCUCUAUUUAUCUGUUAGUGUUAAAGGAUUUUGGAGAGACUUAAGAAAUUUAUUUCACCUGAGAAGAUUUGGUUCAAAUACAAUAGGGACAACCACUAGUACAUUAUCUUAA